CUGAACACUUCAUCCAUCUAUAUUACUGCGCAGAUUUCUGCUAUCAAAAUGUCGUCGCUGUCUGGUCUUGAUCCUGCACGUCUGCUUUCUUUCUUGUCCGCUUUUACAACUCUCAAGGGAUCAUAUUAUAGAGUCAUUCAUCACUUUGUGGAUCCUGAGACAUCUACAGCAACGCAUUAUUCCUCUGACGUUCUCAUCAUUGAUGAUACACAGGUUGAUCAAAUAUAUGAGCCUACAGUCGGAAACUUCACACGGUUAAAUCAUGGACCGGAGACCCUCGCCUACAUUUUCGGACAAACUCCGCUCUUUUCGCAAGCAUACGUCUGAGAAGAUAGUCCAAUUCGAUUAUUGGGUCUACCGCAAUAUGCAAGGAAGAACCGUUUCAAGGAUUCAGGACAGACAAACAUACGGUGCACGGCGAUGGCGAAAGUCCCGAUAUAAUUAAAGACCGUAUAUCGUACGCCCUGGCACCAAGGGAGCUAUAUACUAUUGUAAUGUCGAGAUGCAGGGUGAGGGCGACAAAGUAUCCGGUGAAGUCACGUGGCUGGUAGGCGAAAGAUAGCUGGCACAUGAUCGAUGUCUUGGGUUACACCAGGACACUGGUUCAGCCCCAUGAAGAUUACUCACGAGUAGCUGCAGUGUGUUCAGAUGAUG